CGAGCGUUCGAGCAUUGCCAAAUUCAUUGUUUUGUAGCGCUUAUCGCCAUGGGCACGCCUACAUUCCGCCUGUGCCUGGUGCUCAUCUGCUGUGCAUGCAGCUGGACCGAGGCGCUCCAAGAGCCCACAGUGCCCACCCAAGCUCCAGCUCCAGCCCAUGCUGCAGCAGCUGUGCCGCCUGCUCCCGCGCAGUGGAGAGGACGCAACUAUCGACCGCAUCAUGCCACGCCUACUUUGGCGCCCACUGCUGCCCAGCACAGCGAGAUAAAGCAGCUGAUGACGAACCUGCACGAUCGUGUCGGCAUCUUGGCGACCUUGGAUGAGGACCAGCGCCAUCGCCUGGAAGUGAUCGAUAAGAAACUCGAUCAGCUGCUGGACAGCAACACGGGUCGCAUGGAAUCGCUGAAGGCGCAGCAGCUCAAUUUCCAGCAGCGCCUGGACAGCUUCGAGCACAUCCAGCGCCUGACGCGGCACACGCUGGACGAGCUGAAAGGUGAAACCGAUCAAUUUCUGGGACCUCGUCAGGCCCGAGAGCUAAGCUACAAGCAAAAGAAUCGCAACAAGAUGCGGGAACUCUCGCGCCAGACACGGGACGUGCCCGAGCAGCACAUGGACCUCUUCUACAGGACGGAGAGCCCGCCGACGAGGCAGGGCACGUCGAUCAAUGGAACGGAACUGGAUGUGGCCAGUCGGCUGGAUGCGCUGGCCACCUUCCUCGUCUCGCUGGCCUACAACGUCAAGGAGACGCAGCAGGGCGUGGCCAAGCUGCUGCAGAGCACCAACAACAUUCGCAGACGCUUGGCCAAUCGGAAGACGCAGACCGCUCAGCUGGCUCAGGGCGUGCCGCAGAGUGUGGCGCCCGUGGAGGAGCAUGCCACCAGCUGCCUGCAGUCCUACCUGGCCGUGAACGGGAUCCUGAAGCUGCAGCUGACGCCGCAGAGCGACGCGUUCUAUGUGCCCUGCCAGGACGACGGCUGGACGGUGGUGAUGAAUCGCAGCUCGGACGACGUCAGCUUCGAGCGCAGCUGGCUGGACUACAAGGAGGGCUUCGGCAACAUCGCCGGCGACUUCUUCAUCGGCCUGGACAAGCUGCACGCCCUGACCAGCUCCUCGCUGCACGAGCUGCGCAUCUGGAUGCAGGACUUUGAGAACAACGUGGCCGUCGCCGGCUACGAUUCGUUCGCCAUCAGCGGCGAGCGGGAGCUCUAUGCGCUGAGUCUGCUGGGCCGCUACCAGGAGCACCUGCAUCCGCCCGCAGGGGACUCCCUCUCCUAUCACGCCGGGGCCAAGUUCAGCACCUUCGACAGCGACAACGACAACUGCCUCGAGUGCAGCUGCGCCCAGCGGCACAAGGCCGGCGGCUGGUUCAACGCGUGCGGCACGAGCAACCUGAUGGGCGUCCACUACAGCAAGGACUACCAGCGUGCCGGCGAGACGGGCAUCUACUGGGACACGUUCCAGGGCAAGGACUACUCGCUGCGCCGCAUCAAGAUGCUCAUACGGCCCAUAGGCCAGGACGAGGCCAGGCGCUAACCCCGCCUCGCGCCUCCCGCCUGCCGCUAGCUACAGCUGCCAUACGUCAGGGAAUCUAACUGUAACUCUAACUCGCAGUCCGCUGCGCUGCCCCUCGCUCCCAUCUUGCGUGUGUCUUAUUUAUGGAAAAUCACCUAAUGUACCCUAGUUAAUAAAGUUGCCGUGUGUGUUUAGACAGA